AUGACACAGUCACCACGGUGUACAGUUCCUAUAGACUGUGACAAAACAUUUUCGUCAAAAAUAUCUAGUAUAGUCAGAACUUUUCUGUUAGAAACAAGCUUUAGAACAAAGUUUAUGCGAUUUUUCCCUUCUACACCCCCUACUAACCAUUGUACAUUGGGUAUGUUGUCUAAGGUACUAGAUGGGUUGGGUAUUAACUCCUAA